AUUUCCAUUUAGUGGAUGGAAUUUCUUUCUGGCUAUAGGUUUGUGCUUGGGGGAGAGGCCACGGUGCUGCUCCCAGCCAUUGUGGAUGCCUCCCCAGACCUUCUGUCGAUGCAGCAGGAGCAGGAAACCUUGGCGGCCAAACAACAAGCCCUGAACCUGGUCACCAGUAUCCAUGAGCAGUCGGACGGGCUAGUGAGAGAAUAUCUCAGCCACCAAGGCGCCCCCUUCAGUCGCGAUGGCUUCACCUACCCGUUACAUCAGCUCAAAGAUCUGCCGUGGUUGGACAUCAACCUGCUCCCAUUAUCCCCAUGGAAAAGCUUGGUGUUCAGCCUCUCCGCCUACUCUGCUCUGAUUGGAUGGUUCGCCUCCACCCUGAAGUGGCAAAGGAAACUGAACUCUAAAGCUCCGCUGCUCCUCAAGCGCCUGGAGGCUUCUUACCAACACGCGAGGGUCCUGAGCUCCAGCUUGGCCUCCCUCCUACAGGAGCCCAUUCCAACCUCCCAAGCCGUCCCUGAGGUCAAUGAGGUCUUCUCCCAGAAGGUCAAUGGUUACGGUGUGUGCCAGUGCUUCUGCGAUUGGCUGGAACAAACCAAGAGAGAUAUGGAGAUCCUGGUGGCCGAGACGUCGGUGUAGAUGCGGCAAAUGGACUCCCUCACCAAGCUCCUUUUUAAUAUUCCCUAAUAGCCAGCGACAACUAACCUACCUCAAAGAGGACUUUGUUUUUAGCACUCUUGCCAUAGCAACACUGGACACCAUUGGGCAGAAGGGGCAACCAAUCAUGGAGGGAACCUCGUGGUAUCGCCAACUAACUGCAAAGUUCUUCUAACCGCCUUUUCAAAAGGGAAACUUACCGUAUUCACGUUGGCUAAUUACGUCGGGCAGCUCCCAAGCGUUUGAGAUUUAUCAGCUUCCACCAAACUCCAAAAUGUUCGGUUAAAGGGAAAGUAAACCCUAUUUUGCACAAAACGAACCUCCCACACUGAUCACUGGUUCCGGCUUUCAGUGGCGUGAUCCUGGUUGGAGAUCAUAAUAACGGAAGAUGUAAAAGGCACGAGGCUGGAUACUAUGAUAUUUUUAUACUGUAUUUCUGCCCCACUCAAGCCCGUCUGGCUGCUAGAGACGGCGACCCUAGAACCAAAGAUGCCACCGGAACGGUGAAAUCUCCCUUUUUAGUAACUUUUAGCAAAUUGCAAACAGCGACUGAGCAUUUUUGUGAUUUACCUUUUUAUAAUUUUAAUGAUGUUAGCAGUUUUGAAAAGUAAGAGAGUAAAUAUUAGCAGUUUUACACUGCUAAUAUCAUGAAUGCUGACAGGGCUGCCCCCUGCUGUUUUGGGCAGGUAGUGGCAGGACAGAAUAGCAUCUGAGAACAAAGCAGAGCAAUAAUGGUGUGUAAAACUGCUAAUAUCAUGAAAUCUAAAAACAAAAUAUACGUAAUGCAUAUUGCAAAUGUGCUCGGAAGAGCAAUUUCCCAUUAGGCUGUGCGGGUGAGUAUGAAGACCCCCCAUUAAAAUGAAGGAUAUAGGAAAGAGGGGAUUCUGGGAGAUGCUGGACGACUCUGCCUAAAAUACUAACCCCCAUAUGUAAUAAAAGGCACUAUGUGUGCCCAGGAGCAGUAACCCAUAGCAACCAAUAAGAUGUUUUACUUUCAAACAGGUAACCAGUAAAGUCUACCUGCUGAUUGGUUGCUAUGGGUUACUGCUCCUGGGCAAACUUUUAUCCCAUAACCCCAUAGAGGAGAGGGAUCUGACUAAACGAGCAGUCUUUCUGACUACAUCUCCCAUCAUCCUCUGCCAGGGACUGGUAGUUCAUUGCUGGGCUUGCUGUUGCAGACAGGUUUAGACACUCCUUAAUCUGUGUACUUAAUGCUGUUUUUAGAUUUUCCUAAAUAAAACAAAAUAUUUUCUAUUAGAA